AUGGCCAUUACUGGUAGCUGCAUGUGUGGUGCUAUCCACUUCUCUGCUGAUGUGGAUAAGUACCUCUCUGCUCUUUGUCACUGCACUGAUUGCCAGAAGUGGUCCGGAGGUGCCUUCACAGCUAAUGCUGUUGUCCCACGCACCAGUGUCAAGGUGACCAAGGGAACCCCAUCUUCCUACGACGCAGUCGGCAACAGCGGCAAGGUUAACAAGCACUUCUUUUGCUCAACCUGCGGUUCAAGCUUGUACACCGAGCUGGAGGUUAUGCCAGAUAUGACUUGUAUCAAGGCUGGAAGUCUGGAUAACAAGGAGGCGAAUAUGGGUGGCAAGAUUGAUAUUGAGUUCUAUGUUAAGGAUCGGCCUUCGUACCUUGCUCCUGUGGAGGGUGCGAAGCAGGAACCCAUGUUUGGUUAA